AUUACCGUUCGUUCUAUCCCUACCCCUUCCCUUCUCUCUCACUUUCUUUCUCUUCUCUUCUCACAGUCUCUUUCUUACCUUCUUCUGCAGAAUACAGUGGGAAAGGAGGGGAGAGGGAGAGGGAGAGAGGGAGAGAGAGAGAGAGGUUAACAUCGAACACGAUUCGAAAACGAAGAGUUUGCAUAGCAAAUAUUGGAAAUACAGAAUUUCAUAAAUCAAAUCAUUCAUUUCUAGAUUUUACGUUUUUUUUUCUAUAUUAGAAAUGCCCAAAAGCUCUACGCGUUUAAUCGCAUCUCGAGCAUGCGAGGACAAAACCAAGAAGGAGCUAUAACAUAGUAUAUUUAACUUGGCUUUGGGGAUUUUGGACACACGUAUUUGAUUUUCUCCUCCAUUUUUGAUAAAUGGGGGGAAUAUCGGACAAUGUCCGAGGACUUGCUUUAGCCAUAUCAUCAAGCGUUUUCAUUGGGUCCAGUUUCAUCAUAAAGAAGAAAGGCCUUCAAAAGGCCGGGGCUAAUGGAUCUCGAGCAAGCGACGGAGGUCAUGCAUACCUGCUGGAACCUUGUUGGUGGGCUGGGAUGAUUACAAUGAUUGUUGGGGAGGGAGCAAACUUUGCAGCCUAUGCAUAUGCUCCAGCUAUCCUUGUUACUCCAUUGGGAGCUUUAAGUAUCAUUUUCAGUGCAGUGUUAGCUCAUUUCAUUUUGGAUGAGAGAUUGCACAUUUUUGGUGUGGUUGGAUGUAUUCUCUGCCUGGUGGGUUCCACCACUAUUGUUUUACAUGCUCCGGUAGAGAAGAAAAUUGAAUCAGUAAAGGAAGUAUGGUCCCUAGCAACAGAGCCAGGUUUUGUUAUCUACACUUGUGCAAUUUUGAUUCUUGUUCUCGUUCUCAUUUUUCGGUAUGUGCCACGCUAUGGACAAACGCAUAUGGUUGUUUAUAUUGGGAUUUGUUCUCUUAUGGGUUCUCUCACGGUGAUGUUUGUCAAAGCAGUAGGGAUUGCUCUGAAGCUAUCAUUUUCAGGAUCAAAUCAGUUUAAAUACUUUGAGACGUGGUUUUUUACUUUCUUCGUGAUUCUUUGCUGUCUCGUGCAGCUGAACUAUUUAAACAAGGCACUGGACACAUAUAAUACUGCUGUCGUUUCUCCUGUAUAUUAUGUCAUGUUCACAAGCCUCACCAUCUUAGCUAGCAUGAUAAUGUUUAAGGAUUGGGAUCAUCAAGCUGCAUCGCCAAUUUUGACAGAAUUGUGUGGUUUUGUAGUCAUCUUUUGUGGCACUUUCCUCCUCCACAAAACAAAGGACAUGGGAGCUACCCCAACUGUAUCAUCCCCGGUAUUUCUGUCAAGCAGACUCUCAAGUUCCAGGGAGAUCGAGAUUUGAGACAUUAACGGUAAUUUCAAGGACAAUGGUGAUAUUCAUUGUGAAUAAGAGGACAUUUUAGGCUCAUGAGAGUAUGCUGUCAGUACAAGUAACUUAAAAAGGGGGACCAUAUUCCACAUUCUUGAAACCUUUUCAUAUCUGAAACCACAACCACCACUACCCCUGCGCCGUACUAAUUACUCCAUGUUUUAGAUUUCGAAAGGUUUAAGUGUAGAUAUGUCAUAGAAAAAAACUGAAAUGCUAGUGGUGGCUUGAAAAUCUGGAGUGAAUUGGUCAUUUGCUUUGUUAUAGCUUUCAUUCCUUGUGUAGCACAGUCCAUCUCGACUGGAGAGAUAUACCACUUUUCAUAUGCAAUCUUCGACUCAUAUGAUUAGAGGAUUAUCUUGGGAUUUCAAUUUUGCUGAAUAUUUGAGUAAUUUUGAUUCAUUGAAUUUUCUUCCCAUGUGUUGGUUCUUGAA